UCAUAAAGGAUUAUUAUACAACGCGGGGGCCCUAACUCUUCGCAUUGAGAGUUGACCACAAAUAUUUUUUCCAUUGCAAUCCAACUCGAAGUGCACCACUUUAUUCCCACUGCAACUCGGGAGUCGGGAUUCGUCUUGUGCAUCCACUUGUCUUGGUUUGAAGGUUAACUCUUAAUCCAGAUCGGGUGUGGUCAAAAUUUACAUAAAUCAUUCCUGCAAAUAAACCUGAUACAAGGACUGUUAUGAGUUAUGACACAUAUUUUAAAGGCAACGCCCUAGUGUCUUUACUGCAGUUCUCUUGCAUGUGCAUAAUUUUAACUUGAACAGCAGAAAGGUAAAAUUCCCAAAGAGAUAAUUCAGUUGUAUCAGAAAACUCAUCAGCCUUUUUUCCACUUUAAACUCGAUUCUGAUUCCUGAAUACUUGAUACCUUUUUCUGUAUAUGCAAUUCUCCUCUACAAAACAAAAGACAAGAUCCAAGUUUCUAGUGUUCAUACAUAGCUUAUAUACUACUGUUUCCUCUCUCUUUAUACUUGAACAUUCUAUUCUGCAAGAGAAGAAAGGAAUUCCCAUUAAAAUUUUGAUGAUUAUGGAUUCAUCAACUAACUACUUUAGGAUGCUGAAACGUGCAUUGAACGUUGGACUGAUUGUCUUUUGCAUCAUAUGUCUGCUUUCUAUAACAGUGUUGACAGUUGAUGUAGAGGUUUUCAAGCAAGGGAGUCAUGAGUUUGAAGCAAGAAAGAUGAUGAUAGGUUCAAGGCCUCCAAGAUGUUUGAACAGGUGCUUGAAUUGUAACCCUUGUAUGGCUACAUUAGUUGUGACUCCCCAUCACAGAAAAGGUUUUGACACAUCACAUAAUCAUGACGCCAACCAUGAUGAUAACUAUUACCUUCUUGCAUGGAAAUGUAAGUGCGGAAAUAAGCUUUUUCAGCCUUGAAGACUUUACAUGUUGGUGGCAUACAUGUUCAGUAAGUUGAAUUGGACAAUAUCGAGCGUAAAGGAAAAGAAGCUUAAACAUUGUCCAUUGUACUUUUCAAUCAUAAAAUGCUCCUCUUUCGGGGCACUCUUGCAUGUUCUCUUAUCCUUCGAUGUUUUGAAUUAAGGAAGAAAAAGGAUUUGAAAUUCGGUCUCUUGUUCUUUGUUAAUUAAAGAGUAAUCUUGGUCUUGCUUCACUUUAAAUUCUUCCAUUUCUAUGUUGA